AUGAUUACUCAUAUUCAACAAAAAUUUUAUCGAUCCAAUGCGACUCAAUUAUCCGAAUCUGAUAUUAAAGAAAUUAGAGAAUCACGGGGGAAAGUACCAAAUGCAUCAAAGAGAAUGGCAAAAAAAUUUCAUAUUGGUGCACGUCGUGUUUAUGAAAUAUGGGAACAUAAUGAGCGUCUUCAACAGGGUCUUGAUAGUUGGGACGAUUCUCCACCUUCUGAUUCUCAUAAUAAGAAACUUUCAGCCAUAGAAAUAUCGAUUAAUGAAGCAAGUACUAAAGUUGCUAAUAAUAUAAAAUCCAAGCCCAAGCUUAUUCAUAAUUCUGAUCAAUCUUCCUUUAGUAAAGGUUCAAUCGAUAAUGUAAAUAGAAUAUUAAAAACAAAAAAAGAAACUAUACUACCUGAAAUCUCGCAAGAAACUGAAAAUCCUUUGGAACUCUUUAAAAGAAUACAAAAAGAUGCUAAAAAAAGUAGAGCAGUUGCACGCGCUGAUAUUUCUAAACUAUCUAUUGCAGAACAAUGGCUUAAAAAGCCUACUCUUAAUUCGAAAGUAUAG